GAACUCAAUCAGUUUUUGUUUUGCUCUUUACGCGUCAGCACAUGCUAAAAACUCAGAACAAUCAAAAAUCCAAACCCUCUACUAGUGCAACAACCAACCAGCAAGUGAAAUUUAUUAAUAAAUUCUAUCAAAAAAGUGUUUAUUAAAAAAAAAAAAAAAUAAAACCAAAAAAUUUGCCACAUUUAUAAUUAAAAAAAUACAAAAAACAACGUUUGAUUGUAAAUUCACUAAAAAGGUUUCUUCAUUUAAUUCAAACGUAAUUUUAACCAGAAAUUUAACACAAUUUCUACCCUCUUCUAAAAAAGAAAACAGCACUUGAAGCAGCCAAAAAGUAUCAGCAGCAACAUCAUCAUCAUUAGUGACAAGUGACUAAAUAAAAAUAAAAUAAAACUAAAUAAAAAAAAUAAACAGAAGCAAGUAUAGAAAAAAAUUAAGAAUUAAAAAGAUGCCGUCAUCCUCUACCACACAAUUACCAACAUUUGAAGAAAUUUUACAAACUGCCAAAGAGACAUUUCGUCAAAAUUUUGGCCAUGAGCCAGAAUUGGCCUGUUGUGCACCGGGACGUGUUAAUUUGAUUGGUGAACAUGUUGAUUACAAUGAUGGUUAUGUUUUGCCAAUGGCUUUGCCCAUGGUUACGUUGUUUGUGGGAGGCAAAGGUGGUGGCUCAUCAGGCAGUGAAGUCGAUAUAAUUACCUGCUGUCCUGGAGCUGAUGAACCCAGGCGUAGUAAAUUUUCUUUGGCAAAUUUACAACCUGGUGAUAAACCAAAAUGGUCAAACUAUAUAAAAGGUGUAAUUCAUAGUUUCAUGGAAACGGUUGGUGUUACUGGUAGCGGUGGAACAACUAGUGGUAAUAUAUUCAUGGGUUUUAAUGCGGUCAUUGUGAGUAAUGUGCCAGUUGGGGCUGGUUUAUCGUCCAGCGCUGCCAUUGAAGUGGCCACAUUGACAUUUCUAGAACAUUUUACCGGUCACAAGGUGGAAAGUGCUGCCAAGCGUGCCCUGAUUUGCCAGGCAGCUGAGCAUAAAUUUGUUGGUAUGCCCUGCGGCAUCAUGGAUCAAAUGAUUUCAGUGGCUGGACAAAAGGAUCAUGCCUUAAUGUUAGAUUGUCGCUCUUUGGAAACAUUCCAAAUUCCAUUUGUUGCCGGUGAAAAGGAUCUCGUGGUUUUAAUUUGCAAUUCAGAUGUGCGGCAUGAGUUAUCCGACAGUGAAUAUCCAACAAGGCGCAAACAAUGCUUGGAGGCACUCAAGUUAAUGGGACUGAAGAGCUAUAGAGAUGCAACAGAAGCCAACUUGUCAGGCUUACAACGAAAUGUCAAAUGUGAGGAGGUUUUGUUAAAACGGGCACGUCAUGUUAUUACGGAAAUUAAGCGAACACUAGAGGCUGCUGAUGCAUUGAAAAAUCAUGAUUUUAAACAGAUGGGUGAACUAAUGACAAAGUCACAUGUGUCACUACGUGAUGAUUUUCAAGUAUCAUGCAUAGAACUGGAUGUUCUUGUCGAUGCGGCCAUUAAUUGUUCUGGUGUUUUGGGAUCACGUAUGACGGGUGGUGGCUUUGGUGGCUGCACUGUAACACUCUUGCAACGCAGUGCUGUCGAUAAUGUUGUUGCCACAAUGCGUGAGAAUUUCAUCAAGAAAUUCAAUAAAACUGCUGCUGAUGGUAUUGAAUUUUAUAUUUGCACACCAAGUCAAGGAGCUAGAAAAAUACAAUUGUAAAUAAGUUGCCGCCUGUGAAGUGAGUGGCACGACCAGAAGUGGACGUAAACAAGAUUGUUAUGAAAUGGAAUUGUAAGGAUAAAGUAGAAGGAAGUUGCAUUUUCUUUAAAAAAAAAUAUACAUAUAAUAAAUUUAUUUCUUUAUAUUUAAGCUAUAUGAAAGUACUAUUAUUACUAUGUGUAAUUAAUUUAGUAUUAAAUUAAAAUUGUCAUUCAAAAUAAAAAAGCAUUUAACAAUUAAUAU